UGGGCGCCAACUCCAAAGUCCGGCGGCGGAGCGGGGUGGGACGGGUCGGAGGUGCUCAAGCAUGGUCAGCUUCUUAAACGCCAUAGCGGCCGUGAGCCAGAACAUGGGCAUCGGCAAGAACGGGACCCUGCCGUGGCCGCCGCUCCGGAACGAGUUCAAGUACUUCCAGCGGAUGACCACUACGCCCUCCGUGCCAGGUAAACAAAAUGUGUUGAUAAUGGGUAAGAAGACCUGGUUCUCUAUUCCUGAGAAGAAUCGUCCUUUAAAAGAUAGAAUUAACAUAGUGCUCAGCAGAGAACUCGCGGAAGUCCCAAAAGGAGCACACCACCUUGCCAGAAGCUUGGAUGAUGCUUUAGUUCUUCUGGAUUCUCCAGAGCUAAAAAAUAAGAUAGACUUGGUUUGGAUAGUUGGAGGCAGUUCUGUUUACAAGGCAGCAUGGAGUCACCAUACCUUUGAUGAGAUGGAAGUGUUCAGGAGGCACCGUGUCUUAGAAAUAAAGCUGCUGGAAGGUGCUGGAGAGAGCAGCUGUUGUAUUGCCUUUUUACAGUGGACCCCUGCCUUCAUCUGGUCCAUCCUAAAUUCAACUCUUUUCUGCCAUUCUUGAUACAGGAACAUUUAUAUGAGCUCAUUAACUACAAUUGUUUCUGUCCUCUUAAUGGAAACAAGGUGUACAGGCAGAGUGGAGAAGUUAGGAGCUACCAGGUGACCAAUUUGACUUAAAAACACAGGUGACUCAAAGAAAUAUUGUCUGAAGCAUUCUGGUUUGCUCCUUUUCUCUAUAGUAGUGCCUCAAAACAAAAAUCCUUAUAUAUUCGGACACUAACUCAGAAGAGUUCUUCAGGAUCAGGGAAGAGUCUUUAAGGAUCUGCAUAUGACCCAUGCAUCAACUUGGCCAGAUUCCUACUGCAGGCAAGAUUCACAUCACCCAUAAGUAAUUUAUGACCAGAUUUUUCCAGAGAAAUGGAAACCUCAUUUUUCUGCUUCGCAGUUCUUAUGACAUGUUUCCUCAGAUAGCCUUAGGGGCCACUGCUUCCAAAGUAUUGUUUAGCAGGCUCAUUGCUUCCUGAGAUAUUGGCAGGAAGCUUUUCUGUUUAUCCCCUAAAAUUUCAACUUACUGUGUCAUCACUUCACUUGUUUUCAUCACUUAAUUUCUAAGGAUCUGAAAUAUUGGAAGAACUGACAUGAUAGAGAACCAGGGUGAUUUUGGUACCCCAGACUGACCUCUAUGGAAUGUAGAACUUAGAGCCUGGCUUCCAUUUCAAGUAUUCUCUGAAAUAAGCUGUCACACCAUUAAGUGCUUCUGUUGAAGUCUGCUCACUUUUGUCUUGUGGCAAACACUAAUCUGAUAUUGCUAUUCUAAUCCCCUGCAAAAGCAGGGUGCUGGAACACAUCAUAGAAAGCUUCCCUUAUAGCGCAUAUCAUCAAUGGAGAGCAAAACACACGUCUUCACAUGUGACUUUUUUUCAACUCGUAAAGCAUCAUUGUUAGAAGUUGUUCAGAAGGCUGAGAUGUAGUAUUAUUUACUUAGGUUGAAGUUUCUUACUGCUUUCCUGAACUUAUGAUUGACAGGUUCUGAACGCUGUCAAUCAUGUAAUGGAUUUGUCAGAUAAUUGUGUCAUUGGUUGGGAAUUGCU